CCAGCUCUCCAGCCGCACGCAGCGCCCGUGCAGGUAGCGGAUCUGCAGACAAACACACAUUAGCACGUUUGAAACGAUACGUGGGACACUACACACGCUUAUCAUACUGCGCAACGCACUGCAAGAAGUCCGACAAGACUACUACUGCUGAAAGCAGACGUGCGCUGGUAUAAGUUCGUAGGAAAUGUUUUUAUUGUAAAUCAUCACCCAAGAGACAUCUAAUAUUUAGUGUUAAUUUUAGAAAAUGAAAACAUAAAACCUCUUACAAUUUUACGUCGCAAAUUAGAUUUUUAAAUAUAGAGCUGCGCGGCGACGUCACUUUGACAUAUGCGUCAGUCAUGUUCACGUGAAGAACUUCAAACAUUUUAUUAGUUUUCUAUAUAUUUACCUUUCGGAUUUUUUAAACAUGAAAGCUUUUGGAAAUUAGUUUGCCAGUGAUGUCUACACAAGUAAUGGAGCAACCGAAAGGCGAUUCACCGAAACAUCCCGAUAUGAUCAUGUGCGGGGACCACCCCUCGGUGACCAAGACGGAGCUGAACGCCCGCGAGCCGCGCGCCGACAAGGCCAAGCCCAAGCCGCCCCUCUCCCACUCCAGGAUCACGCCCUCCUCUUCGCGCACGGAGCGGCCGCAGCCGCCGGGCUCGGAGCUGGCGCUGCGCUGCGCCGAGGGGACGCCGGCGCGCGCCGACGCGCUGCCCGCCGCCAACAAGGCGCUCGUCUACGUAGCGCUGGGCAGCUUCCGGUGGCCGCCGUAUCUGCUGUGCGUGUGGGUGCUGGUGCUGCUGCUGACGCACGCGCUGCACGCUCUGGUCGCCGUGCUGGACGCCGCGCUGCCGCCGCUCAGGUGACACCGCUCGACCCAAUUAAAAUCGCUUUCCUGACUUGUCACACUGAGUGAUGUUUAUUUGCAGGAAGGUGUGCGUGUACUUCCGCGUGUGGACGGAGGAGGCGUGGCGCGCGGGCUCGGGGGCGG